AUGAUCUUGGCAGAAGCUGGAUUUUUUGGGCUGGGUUUGAUUCUGUGUCUCUCAGAGCUGAGAGUGAAGAUGAGUCCUUCUGCAGUGGUGACAGAGGGUCAGAGAGUCACACUGACCUGUAGUACCAGCUGUCCUCUGACUGACAACACAAACUACAUUUGGUACUUGAACAGUCGACCUCUGACCCCGAGAGAGAACCAGAACAAACAUCUGAUCCUUGACCCAGUCAGCAGGGAGGAUGCAGGAAGCUACUCCUGUGCUGUGAAAAGCAACAAAGAUAUCAGCUCUGCUCCAAAGACUCUCACUGUCCAAAGUAUCACAGGAACAUGGACACCAGCAGCUGCAGGAGUUUCUGCAGCUCUGCUGGUUUUAAUACUUCGCACUGUCUGCUGGUGUGUUAGAGUACAACAUGCCUUUAAAUGUAUCAUGUCCGAGCAGCAGAUGUGGUGUCAUGGUAUGGAGGACCUAGCCAGGUCCUUUGCUGGAUACCAGGAGGGAAUCAAACUUGAGCUCUCCGCUCCAAAGAGAUCAGUAGAUGAGCCGUGCUCCAUCACAUAUCCCAGAGAGGUUUGUGUUCAAAGAACUUCCUACACAUCAGAUAAUGUCACACUGACCUGUAACAACAGCUGUAAUCUGACCGACCCUAAAACUGCAUACACGUGGUACCAAAACCGAAGCAGAAACAUCAAGAAUCAACAUAUUUCAAUUCAUAUCACUGCAAAAGACAAGUUUUCUUGUGCUGUAAAAGACCACGAGCAUCUUCAGUCUGCAGAAGUCUGUGUUCAGGAUAAAAACUGCUGGAGAGUGAAUUAUGUCAGCAGGAGAAUCUGUGCUCUGGAAGGAUCUUCAGUGAACAUCACAAGUGAAUACUCACAUCCUGAUGACAUGAAGCCAAGGUUUAAAUGUUGGAGUAAAAAAUGGAGAAAAGAUAAAGUGGAAGUUGAAGAGCUGAUUGAGGCUGCAGGUCGUGUGGAGUAUCAGGAGAACAUGAGGAACCAACACAUCCUGACCAUCAACAACCUGAAGAAGAAUGACUCAGGAGGAUACACAUUCAGAUUCAAGAGAGAUCAUGAAGGAUGGGCACAGUCUGAUCUGCCUGGAGUCUUUUUGAUUGUCACAGAGCUGAGAGUGAAGUUAAGUCCUUCUGCAGUGGUGACAGAGGGUCAGAGAGUCACACUGACCUGCAGUACCAGCUGUCCUCUGACUGACAACACAAACUACAUUUGGUACUUGAACAGUCGACCUCUGACCCCGACCAAUGCAAAUGUCCCGGUCAAGGACAAAAAUGGGAAGCUCUUGCUCGCCCAAGAAGAGCAAAACAAACGAUGGGCCGAACACUUCCAAGAGACCCUUAAUCAGCCAGAGCCCACCACAAAUUCCAAGGCGGAGGCUUCCCAAGAUGAACUUGGGGUCAAUACUGGCAGAAUCACCAUCGAGGAAGUGAAGAUCGCCAUCAAGAGCCUUAAGAACAACAAAGCGGCCGGCCUAGAUGAAAUACCAGCAGAGCUCCUGAAACACGGCGGCCAAGCCAUGGUGGAAGAACUGACAACCCUGUUCAACAAGUGCUGGCAAAGUGGCACAGUGCCGGAGGACUGGCGGAGGGGCGCCAUAGUCAAGCUACCAAAGAAGGGCAACACCUCCAAGUGCACCAACUGGAGAGGCAUCACCCUCCUCUCUGUGCCUGGCAAGGCGUUCUGUGCCGUCCUCCUUCGACGACUAAGGAGUGCCCUGGACCAACAUCUACGAGAGGAGCAAGCUGGGUUCCGGAUAGGCCGAUCAUGCACAGAACAGAUUUUCGUCUUAAGAAAUAUCAUCGAACAGUGCGUCGAGUACCGGCAACAACUCGCCAUCAAUUUUGUUGACUUCAAGAAGGCCUUCGAUAGCAUCCACCACGAUUCCCUUUGGCGAAUCCUGCGCUUGUACGGUGUCCGUACCAUCUUCAUUAACAUCUUCAGGGACCUGUACUUGCGAUCGUGCUGUUAG